AGGGAGCAGGGAGGAAAGCAUCAUUGUAUACCAGACCCCUGAGGUUAUUGUGUUUAUAUUGAAUUAACAAAUAAUCUUAACAAAUAGCGCCUGAUUCAGAACACAAAACAAAAAAACAUUACAUGAAUAAAUCAAUAUUUAUUAAUUCAUUGUUACAUUUCUUUAAGAUCUAUCUGCAUCAACAGCCUGAUUACUUCCAAUGGCUUCAAAAGGCUCCGCCCACACUAAGAACUCCCCUGUCUGAGAGGGUGUGGCCAAGAGUUCCGUGACAUCAUAGUGGGUUGGAUAUUUAGAAAUUCCAUGUUCCAUUCCAUUCUGUGUGAACCCUUCCAGGCCUCCACAGCUCUUAAGUGAUUUACUCUUUUGUGAGUUUUAGUGUGAAGAAAAAUCAGUCCUAUCAUCAGAGAAAGCUUUGUUUUUAAAACUAACAAGCAAAUUUUAGAAGAAUGGAAUCUACCAAUGGAAGUUCACCCUUGAACCAACUCAGGAAUCUGCAAAAAACCCUGAAAUUUACAAACUCCUCCGCCAAUGUUGCCAUAUCUGGUCAAUCAAACUCAAUGGUGCAAUUAGCUGGUGUGAAAGGUUUACCUGGAUUUGGUCAGAUAAUGCCAAACGCUACUGUAAAAGACGUGGUUAGGACACCGGCUGCUGAUACAAGCACCACACCACUUUCUACCUUACCAGAGUUGGAGUUUCAUGCUAUCUUAGGCUCCAAAGACAAUAUCAUCUCAGGACUUCAAAGCCAUAAUGCCAAGCUAUCAUCAAACAUAGGGUAUCUUGGUAACAACUGUCAUAAAUUACAGACAGAGAACCAACAAAUCAAAGAGAGAGCGAUGCAGCUUCAGAAUGAGUUAACCGCUGAAAGGAAAAAGCUGCAAGACGCUGAAAAGUCCUUAAGCUUUAAAGAUACAGUGAUCUCAGGACUCCAACAACAAAAUGCCAGCUUGUCAGGACACACAAAGUAUCUUGGUAAUGAGCUUUAUAAAAUGCAAACACUGAAUCAGCAAGAAAAGGAUAGAGCCCAGCAGCUUGAGUCUGAGUUAAAAGCUGCAAGGAAAAAGCUGCAGGAAACUGAGGUCUGUUUAAGAUCUAGUGAAGGUGAUGUUUUACCGGAGCAAAAAGAUUCAACAGAUGAAGUGAUUAAGUUGAAGCAGAUAAUAGAGAAUCUGCAAAUGGAGCAUGAGAGCGAACUUGCUCUUCUACAUGAUAAACAGAUCAGGACAGGCAAAGGCCAACGGGAUGCAAUCAGACGGGCCGACCAGCUGAAAGUUAAUCUGAUCUCAGAGAAGAAAAAAGCAGGAGAGAAUGAGAUCUGUUUGGCCAAGCAGAUGGAAGAAAUGUCUGUGUUACAAGCUACUCUGCUCCAAACGGAGAAAGAUUUUGAUGAACAAAAGCAGCAGUGGGAGCGGGAAAAACGCCGUCUUCUCACCAACAAACAAGAUGCAGCCGAGGUAGAAAAGCUGAAAGCUCAGCUGGAGUCGCAGAAAGUUACACAUGGGGUCGAGGUUUCUGCGCUGUACAACGAGCUGAUCAAGAGGAAGAAAGACCAUCAAGUUGCCGUCAAAAAGGCAGAAGAGCUGGAGAAAAACCUGGCUGAAGUGAAAAAUAGAGCAAAAGAGGCAGAGGACUGCUUAGCCAAGCAAACAGAGGAAAUAUCCACCCUUCAAGCUGCUCUCAUCCAAACAGAGACAGCUUUAGCAAACCAGAAACAACAGUGGGAGCUGGAAAAAUCCCAUCUCAUGACCAGCCAACACCAAAGAGAUGAGGUGGAGCAGCUAAAAAAGCAGCUGGAGUUACAGAAAGCUGAGGCAGAAGUGGAGAAAGCCGCGCUCCAUUUGACACAGCAGAAAAUGAAGCAAUGCCAUGAAGAUGCUGCUAAAAAAGCCACUGAACUACAAAUGACUCUGCGUGCUGAGAAGGCUAAUCACAUCGAAACAAUGACAUCCGUAGUCGAGAAAAUCCGGGAAAGCUUUAAAUUAAAGUCUGCUUUAGUAGAAAUGGAGCAAGAUAUGGAGAAACAAAAAAACCUCUGGGACCAGGAAAGACUCAGACUCCUGGAGCAGCAGGAAACUCUCAGGAAUGAGAAAGCAGCUAUGAAAGAUGGUCUACUCAAUGAAAGGCAGGAGUGGCAAUCAGAGAAGACCUGCCUUCAGGAGGCCAUUUUAGCAGCCAGAAACGCUCUGAAAGAGUUACAGGAGGAGAAUAUGUCAACAGAGAGCAAAGAGGAUGAACUGAAAAAUCAGCAAGAAAAGAUCAACAACUUACAAGGAAAACCUGAUAAGAAAACGUUUGGGAGAAAAAUGAAAAAUCUCUUUAAACGCUCUAAAAAGCAACGGUGAAACCUCAUGAAACCUCCUCCAACCAAACCAUCGGUUUCUCCAAGCUCCAACUCGCUCUUUGUUUUGACACCCAUCUCUGGGAUUAUCCCACCUUUUCUAACUUUACCACCACUCUUUUCACUUUUUCUGUAAACAUUGCAGAAUAAUACAAACAAAAAAAUGAUAAAAAAAAACAUAAAAAUUCUUUCAAAAAAGCACAAAAAAACCAAACAAAUAUCAACACAUUUGAACAGACACACCUACAAAACAC